GUUCGAUUUGGAUUUCGGAACGGUGAAGUUGACUUUCCGACUAUAACGCGAAAUAUUUAUAAACUUAUUAUUAUUGUUACUUCUCUUUUGUCUGUGUUAUAAAAAUUACUGAAAUUUAGUUCAUUUUUCAUUCUUAAAGAGGUUUAAAACCGCGACAUUAACAAAUUAAAUAUUAAUUUUUUUGUGCUGUUCCCAAGAUAAUAAAGAGUUAAUCUAGUGGCAAGAGACGGAAGAUUUUGGUCGAAAGAAGGAGAUUAGAUCGCAUAUGUACAAAUUGCGCGAGGCGCGAUUGAAAGAAUUUUAUGUUAAUGAAAUGGAUCCUAAAAAUCAACAAUCAUUUGAUGCAAAAGCACCAAUAACUAGUCGUCAUGGUGAUGCUAUGGCUGAUCAUAGUUUCGAAAGUUUAAAAAGCAAUGAGAUUCACGGUACAGAUAUGAGUGACAUCAAGUUUGGAAAUACUGGCGGAUGGAAUGUAAUAACAUCGUCUGAAGUAUCCGACGAUGGUAAAGCACGAACGGACAAAACUUUGGCAAAAACUGAAGGCGUUACUGCCAUAAAAGGCGGUCAGAAAGCAUUCUCUGGCAAAAAUGAAGAACUCAAAACUGAACGAAUUGAUGGUGACGCAAACAAUUUUACUCAUACAACCGGCGAGUCAACAAAUAUGGUAUUAAAUGAAAAUAUUGUGACUGGGGAUGAUACGAAUAAGAGAACGGAAAGCAAAUCAUCAUCAUCAUCAAGCCACACAACAAAAGUAAUUCGUACAUCAAACAAUACUGGUGAUUUCAGUGACAAUAUGGUCGGAAAUGACAACUUCCAGUCAAAUUCCAAUGAUUAUGAUUCUCGACGAUCAUCAACGACAAGUAAUGUCAAAUCAUCUAGUCAUGUUGACACUCAAAAGUCAAAUGUAAAUGAGAAUGUAAAGCUAUCACAAGAUCCAGCUGUUGUUCAAGAAGCUUUUCGCUUAGCUCAACAGUCAGGUACUGUUUUGUCACGUAAAGUCGAACGUGCAAAUGAAUCAACUAAUAUGAUUACUGAAAGAAAGGAGCUUACUGACGGAACAAUCGUUACAACAAAGAGAUUUGAGCCGAUUAGUUCACAACAUGUAGAUAUUCAAGCUACAACCACAUCAAAUAAUCAACGUGACAAUAAAACCACAAAUGUGAAUAAGCAUCAUACUGAAACUACAAAUCAAUCGAGAAAUACUGAGACAUCAAACACAACAACUAGAGAUGAAGAAGCUUUUCGUCUUGCACAACAACCAGGCAAUCUUAUUUCUCGUGAUGUUACAAUGACUGAUGCGAAUACUCGCAUGAUCACUGAGAAGAAAGAACUAAGUGAUGGAACAGUUGUUACAACCAAGAGAUUCGAAAGAGUAUCUAAUGAUAGAUCAAAUGAUAAUGCAAGAUCUGAACAUGUUACAAAAACAUCCACAACUUCAAAUAAUCAAACAUUCAAGACAUCCCGUGAUGAAGAAGCAUUUAAAUUGGCACAACAGCCUGGAAAGAUUAUUUCACGUGAUGUAACAAUGACUAAUCCGACAACAAGACAAAUUGUCGAGAAGAAAGAAUUAAAUGAUGGCACAAUUGUCACAACAAAACGUUUUGAAUCUGUUGAUUCUUCAAAUGAUACAAAAACGUCUACAACAUCAAUCACUAAAGACCGUCAGAAUGAUGACUUUACAAAAUCAUUACGCAGUGAUUCAAAAACAACUAAAGUGGACACAACUCAUAAAACAUCCAGAGAUGAAGAAGCGUUUCGUUUAGCAGAUCAACCUGGAAAAAUCAUAUCACGUGACGUCACAAUGACAAAUCCCACGACUAGACAAAUCGUUGAAAAGAAGGAAUUGCAUGAUGGCACAAUUGUCACUACUAAACGAUUUGAAAAUGUUGAUUCCACAAGUGAUACAAGAACAAAUACAUCGAUCACUAAGGAACGCCAAAAUGAUGAUUUUACAAAGUCAUUAAGAAGUGACACAAAUACUACAAAAGUUGAUACAACUUACAGAACACCGAAAGAUGCGGAAGCUUUUCGUUUAGCUGAACAGCCAGGUAAAAUUCUAUCACGUGAUGUAACAAUGGCUAAUCCAACAACAAGGCAAAUUGUUGAGAAGAAGGAAUUGCAUGAUGGAACAAUUGUCACAACUAAGAGAUUCGAAAGAAUUGAUGAAAACGUUGACACACAAUCUAGAAAUGUCAAGAAUGUAGAAAAUGUUCAGAAUGUUAAAACAAUCCAUACAACAACACAACAGGCACGGCCAAGAAGUGAUGAUUAUUCAACAAAUCGUGAGAUUGUUGAAGAAACAGUAACGAAGAAAAUUAUCGACACUUCAUGCCAAUGUCCAACCGCAAAGGAUAAACAUGAUCACAAAACACGCGAUUUUAUUCAGAAUGAGCGCAAUACCGAAAAGUAUGAUGUUACAUCUGAAAUCAUCGUUCAACAAAACGAUAAAAAGGUCGUUAAUGAAUUUGAAAAAUCUCGCGAUGAAAUUAAUCGCAGAGAGGAAGUGAGAAAAUUGGAGCAGAAGCGUAUCGAUGAGCAAAUAAAGCAGCAAAAAGAUCAAAAAAUAACACGCGAAUUGGAAGUUGAUGCAGCACAUAGAGCUUUUGCAAGCUCAUUACGUAGCGUAACACCACCACCUGAUAGAUCAUCAACAACUCGUAUAGAUCGUAGAAGUCCAUCGCGUGAAACAAACAGUAGAUACAGUUCAUCUACAAUCUCUACUAAAAGGUCAUCAAAUGUUGAUAUAAGAAAGGAUGACAAUACUAAGCAUACAAAUUCAUUAGAUCGUCGAACAGUUACUAAAAGCCCAGAAAAGUAUUCAUCAUUAGAUCGCCGAACACCAUCCAAGAGCCCUGAAAAAUAUCCAUCAAUUGAUCGUAAAACAGCUCCAAAAAAUCAAGAGAAAGUUCCAACUACUGAAAGACGUAAUUCAUCUCAUAGCCCUGAAAAGUAUCCAUCUACUAGUCCAGACAAGCAGCCACAAAAUAAAAAUAUUACUUCUGUAACUGAAACAACAACAAGUGAAAGCAUUCAUUCUACAGUCCGUGACAGAGAUGAUAAGCCUAAAACUUCAUCACCACAAAAACCAGGCAGUGACAAGCCAGAUAAACCCAGAACUGCUUCUUCACAGAAGCCAAGCAAUGACAAACCUAGGACUGUAUCUCCACAAAAACCAAGCCACGAAUCUCCAAGAAAUGUUUCGCCCACAAAACCGGAAGUUAAAAAGUCGACAGUCACUAAAACAGUGACCAAUGAAAGUGACGAAGAAAUUAUUAUUUCAAAGAAGCAUCAAGUUACUCCAGAACUUAAGCCUCGUGAAAGUUCUCCUGCUAAAAGCUCAACUUCUAGAGCCACAUCACCACAAAAACCAAUUGCAAGUCAGCCAAACGAUAAAAUACGCUCGUCAUCUCCACAAAAACACAAUUCAGCUCCAACCGAAACGUAUCCAAGGGAAACAUCCCCUGUCAAAUCUAUUCCGUCCAAUUCUCGUGAUGUUUCACCACAGAAGCAUCAGCUAGGAAAAUCUUAUCCAAGAGAUUCAUCCCCUGCUCAGUCAAGUCCAUCAAAUUCUCGUGAUCCUUCACCACAAAAGCAUCAUCCAACAAAGUCAUAUCCAAGAGAAACAACUCCAGUAAAGUCAAGUCCAUCAAAUUCUCGUGAAAAUUCGCCUCAAAAGUAUCAACCAUCAUCAACAGGCACAUAUCCAAGAGAAUCCACUCCAGUAAAAUCAAGUCCAUCAAAUUCUCGUGGCACAUCACCACAAAAGCAAACAACAUCUCUUCCACGAGACUUAAGUCCAUCGAAACCUGUUAAAAGACCAGAUUAUGAGGAACAAGAUACACCAGAAGAUAUUUUAACAGCAACAAUUAAGAUUGACAAUAUUGACAAAACAAUAAAUGACUUGAAAAUCAUUCAGACCAUUGACUCUAAAAAUAUGUCAGCAACAACAAGUGUCAGUGACUUGGAAUAUAUUUCAGCAAGUGAUCACAGAAAAAUGAUAACUGAUUUAGAUAAUGAGGACAUUGAAAUCAAUAUUAACAUUGAAAAUGUAGAUCAGUUGGAUGACUUGCAAAUUAAAACUACAAUAAGUGAAAUUGUUGAUGAAAAAGCUACUAAGACAGCACCAAAAGGUGAUAAGAAGCCAUUCAAUAGAAGUGAAACGUUUGAAGAACGAGCUAAAAAACUCAUUGGUGUAAAACCUGAUGACGAGCCUAAAGAUAUUCCAAACUAUUUGAAACCAACUAAGGCAAGUCAAGCUCCUGGACGUGUUUCAGAAAUAAGAGAACGUAAAGCUAAAAUUGAAGAGAUUGAAAAAUCGUCAGUAACAACAACUAAUAAAAGAAAGUCACUCACAAGUGCUACUACAGAUUUUAUAAAGCAUGAAAAAACUGAACAUGCUCGUCCAUCAUCACCAGAAAGAAGCCCAACUCGUAAGCAGCAAACGGAAUCCAAAAAGCCGAAAGAUCGAUCAAAUGAUGUUGAAAUUACUAAUACAAGUUCUACUAUAACAACUAAAACUACUAAUCUAGUUCAUAAACGUCCUGAAGAUAAGAAGCCAGACACUAACACAAACAUUCCUGAUGAAAGAAAGCCAUCAAAAGUUAGAGAUACAGUUGAUAUAACAGAAACAACAAAAGUAACUGAAAGAAAGGGCAGUCGAAGUCCAACAAGACCUAAAUCUCCAGAAACUCACAUCACUACUGCACAAAUUACAAUCUCACCAUCACGUGGAAUUACAAGCAAACUUGUCACAAAGACAACAACAGUUCAAAGCAACAAGAACCUUAAAGUUGCUCCACAUAUCAAAUUAUUGAAGCAAAAUACAGAUGUGUCAUCAACAGAACCUGAAUCCGAUCGUGACACUGAUCAUGAACUGAUUAGAAAUAUCGACAAACCUGGCAAUAAAUCAACAAAGAAGAAGUUGCUUCAAAAUCGCAAAGAUACUGCACCGGUGACUAAAACAACAAGUGUUCAUGAUAAGGAAAAAGUAACAAGAACAUUCAGUGAAAGAAUCAUUAAGAAUGAUAAGAAGAGUACAGUUGAAAAGUCAAGAGAAACGCCAAAAAAAGAAAGCAAGCGACCAGUUAAAUGCAUAACAACAAAGACGAUUAAUUUGACAAAUGUUAAUGGAGGGACAACAACUUUACAUUCCAAUACUCUUGAUAAUGUUGAAAUUGACAUCAAUGUUCAGCAUGCAAAAUCUUCAAGGGAACCAUCUCCGAAUAAAGUUGUACCAAUUCCAGUUCAAACAGAUGAAGAAGUUAAUGAUGAACAUAUUUUACAUCCACAUAAAGUCACAGAACCAGAUGAUGGACGAAAAAUAAAGCCGGCAAUUAGAAAUGUCCCAAUUUACCAAGAAGAAACAAAUCAAUUUGUUGGAUUAGAAAUCACUGAAGUUGGAACUGAAAAAGGUCAUACAAUUAUCGAGGAAGAAGAAUUUGAGGAAACUGAAAGGAUUAUUAAUUCCUCGACACUUGAAAAAGCUGAUCGUAAAAGAAACUCUGUACAGAUUGAUGCUUUAUCAGAGGAUGAUGAAGAAGAGCAUUCACAUUUGUUGAGCGUUUCCCAGAAAGUUAAUAAAUUUAAUGAAACUGUUGACGAGCUUAAGAAACCGAAAACAUCAUCGAAAUUCAAAAAAGACAACGAUUAUAAAUUGGAAGAUGUUCCUGACGAUGUCGAUGAUGAUGCAAAAUUAAGCUUGAAUGAGAAAGUUUCAAAAUUCACAAAAAUUACAGACGAAACCACAACCGUUACUAAGCAUAAACUUGAAGACACGCUCACAACAUCUAUCGAUGAAGUCGAUGAAAAUCUCAAAAAUGAUGAAUGCUUAUUAAGCGUUUCUGAUAAAGUCAAUAAAUUUAUCGCAUCUGCUGAGAAAAUUGGCACAACAACACCACAAAAAUCCCCCGAGCUGGUCAAGAAUAUUAUGAAACAAACCUCAAAGCAUGUUCGUGACAAGAUCGAGAAUAUUAAUGAUUCAUUUUUGACCAACGAAAAAAUGUCGACACUUGAACGCGAUACAAAAACAAACUUGAAAUCAUCUGAAAUAACUUUAAAGAGCACAGAAGCAAUUAAAAAGGCUCGUGAAGUCUUUGAAACGAAUUCAUCCAAAACGAGAGAAAUUAAUCGUCAAAAUGAUAUUUUAUCUCGUCCAUCUGUUUUUGAAGGCAAAAGAACUCCAGUUCCUGAACGUAAAGUAUAUGAAAAACCAGUCCAAGAAAAGCCAUUGCAUGAAAGAACUCCUGAUAGACAAUCACCUUUAAAGGAUACAGAUGCAAAACCAUCAUCAAGACGUGGCUCAUCUGAUAGAACUCCAAUUUAUAUGAAGGAUCAAGUUUCAACUAAAAAGGAUCUUUUUGAAAAGAGAAUUUCCUCAUCAAAAUUGGACAGUGAGACAUCAUAUCAUAAGCCAUUGUCACAACAAAGCUCAAUUGAAGAAAAGCAGUACACAACAUCAGUCACAUCCGAAGAUGUUCAUCAGUCAACCAGAAAAAUGUCAAGCAGUGAUAAACAUUAUAUGCAGCAUACACUUGCAUCUCUUGAACAUGUUGCAAGAGCUGAAAUUCGUGAGUCUGAAUUAAGCAGAACAUCUAAGCAUGAAGGAUAUGAGACUAGAAGAGAUUCAACGAGAUCAACAUCUAAACAACCAUCGGAACCACGUGAUGAGAUUCCAGAAUCUCCAAGAUCACCAACAAAAUUCGGAGUUGAACUCAAGAAAACAGAUUCAUUUAAGACAUCCACAAGCACCACGUCAUCAAUAAGAAAAGUCAGCCUUGGAAGUGAGACAAUCAAUAUUGAAGAAAUCUUUGAUCUUUAUGAACUUGAAAAAUUAUUAGAAAUUGUUGUUGGCUACGAACAAAGAAGACGUAUUCGUGCUCAAAUUAGAAUAGUCAAAAAGAAGCUUGAAGAUAGUAAAACUGCCAGUGAAAUCAAGUCUUCAAGAAUGACUACCACAAAGACAACAAUACGCAAUGAACCUGUGACUAGGAAGCAAGUCACUGAAAGAAAGACAUCAGAAAAGUUUAAAGCUCCACGAGAUGAUGAUUCACGUGUUAAAUCGAGUGUUGUGACUACUACGACCACUACGACAAGAAUUUCGAGUGAUAAGGAACCAAAAGUCAUUUCAAAAACCACUAAAGUCACAUCUACUGCAUCGCCACGCACAAUCAUUGAAACUUUCAAUAAAAACAAUAAAGGCAAAGUCACAGAAAGUGUUGUAAAAAAUGUAAGGAAAACAUCGGCAACCAGUAGUACACAGAAGAGCAGUACUAUGCGUGAGACUUGUUCAAAGACAUGCUGUGAUGAGACAGAUUGUAUUACAUCGAGCUAUGGUGUUGGUCCAACUGAAAACGGAGUUCCAUUGUUCGGCUUGAAAGCUCUCAAGAAGAAAAGUCCAGCAGUUGUAGAAAGUAAAACAACUGGUACAGUCGUCAGCGAAGUCUCAUAUUCAGAAAAUGGUGGACCAGCUGUUGUACAACGAAAAACAACGAAAUACUCAUCAGAUCCAUCAGACUUCAGUGGUGAAGCUGGUGUGAAUGUUAAAUCGAAGUCAGAGCGAAAAGAUUCACGAGGUGGAAUCUAUAGCGUAUCUAAGGUUGAAAAAUUUGAAAGUGAUAAAAAGUCAACUCCAAGAGUCAUUCGUAAUGGUUCAGUCAAAGAGAUUAAAGAAAAGUUUGUAAGAAAAGACUCAUCAUCCAAAAUGUCUAGAACUGAGAGCAAGCGAUCAUCUGUAGAUCAUCAUGAUUCUGAAUGCUGUAGUGUCUCAAAGACAGUCAGAUCAAGUCAAUCAAGUGAAACUAAGUCAUUUUUAAAUAAUGACAAGAAAGCUUCGAGUGUGAAGGAAGUCAUUACUUAUAUGAGAAAUGCUGAUGAAGUGUUCGAUGAUGGUGAUACCAAGGAAGAUGCUGAAGCUAAAGCUCUAUUGAAUAAAUAUUUUGGUGCCUCAGCUUUGAUGACAACAAUUGAGAGCAGCUCUGGUCUAUCCAAGGGUUAUUUGUCAACAGGCGGUGCGAAGAAUAAAACGAAAUCAUCUGCAUCAAAAACUACAACAAAGACAGUGACCUCACUAGGAUCAACAAAAGCAUACGAUAUUAACGACAUUUGGGACGUUGAUUUAUUGAAGAAACUUUUGGACUCGGCUACAAAUUACGACGAUCGUAGGAAAAUUCGGGAGAGAAUCCGUCAAGUGAUGGCUGAUAAAGAAGCUUGCGCCGAAUUAGUAAAAAAUUCAAGUGCUGACUUGGAGGUUGAGAGCAACGCCAGCAGCAGUGGAAGUAAUCUUCACGAUAAAGUUGAAUCUACGAUAGAGGAAGCUAUGACAAAGACCAGUUCAGAAGUGCAACAGCAGGGAGAUCGAAUUAUUAAAACGACAACCACAGAAGUUAUCACAAAAUCAACAAUGCAACCACAAAAGAAAGUUUCACCAUUCGAUAAAUUCCGUCAAUUAGAUCGUCAAAAUUCCCUUCCCAACUCACCAUCGCCCAGAACGCCAUCAACACCAACAACACCCGGAGGAUCUAAAAAUGGUCCAAUUUUCUCCUUUACUGAUCCAACACUCGCCAAAAAAGCAUCCACAGUUAAAGAACAGUUAUUGACAUGGGCACAGAUGAAGACGAAAGAAUAUGAGAACGUCAACAUACAAAAUUUCUCAGCAUCAUGGUCAGAUGGAUUAGCAUUUGCCGCUCUCAUACAUCACUUUUUACCCGAUGCAUUUGAUUAUAGUAAAUUAACACCGAAGGAGAGACGACAUAAUUUCACACUAGCAUUCCGUGUUGCAGAUGAAAAAGCAGGAAUCGCUCCAUUACUUGACGUCGACGAUAUGGUAAUGUACAAAAAGCCUGACUGGAAGUGUGUUUUCUGCUACGUACAAUCGAUAUAUCGUCGCUUCAAGGAUGAAAUUUAGAAGCUAAUUGUGUUUUUUUAUAAACAAUAGAAGAAAUUUUUUUUAAUCUUAAUGUCGUCUUUAAUUGAUUUUUGGCUCGCUCAAGAAAUCAUCAAGCAACAGUUGUAUAUUUUUAGGAAGAAUCAGAUGUUUUUCUCUCUGUUUUUUGUUAAUUUAUUAUUCUCUACUUUUUUUGUUUGAAUUUGAGUUACUAUUCAUUAAAUUGUGAUGUAGAAGAUGUAUUAAAGAUUUGAUCUAUCUGACGCGUUAAUUUGAUGAUGAUUUCGCUCCUUUUUUAUACACACCGAUGUGGUUUUGUUGAUUCAAAUAUUUUUAUUAUUAUUAUCCAUCAUUUCUUUUUUUUUGAAAAUGAAUGAACAUUUUGCUUGAAAAUUAUAUUUUUAAUAGAUUUUUUUCAUUUCUCAUAAAAAUAAAAUUUGAAGAAAAAUUGGCAAGGUGCAGGUUUUAAAAGAAAAAGAAUUUAUACUAACAACUCUAUACUUUUUAAAAUGAUAUUCAAUAAAGAAAAAAAGCAGAACUCAUCAAUAACGCAUAAAAUUAAAUAUGUGAAAGAAACUAAUCAAUAAUUAAUGUUAAUUAUUUUAAUUUUUUGUAUCAAACUGACAAUCAGAAAAAUAAUAAAGAAUAUAAUUGUGACAAUAUAAAGGCUUUAUUAUGCAUUUUCAAAGUUAUUUUGAUUAGCUAGACUAGCUAAAUGUGCCUUUGUAAGGAUACAUUUUGUUAAAUUACAGUCACAUGGUAAGGGAUGCUGAACAUCUUCACUUUCAGGAUCUAAAAUCUCCAAUAAAAUGUUGUAACGUCUAAAGUGCUCUGGAUUUCUCUGGAUUAUUAAUUUAAAUGCAAUUGGAUAUGAUUCCUCAAGAAAUUCAAUAUUAGAUGGAAGAGGUAUGAUUGUUUGUUUCCAGUGAGUCGGUUCAUCUUUUGGAUGUGUCGAUAAAAUUACUUCAUGGUCAUUAGAUGGAAAUAAGACAUCAAACCAGAUACACAUGCCUUGGAAGUUUCCUGAAUUUUUAGCUACAAGAACUUCAUUGAACUCAAAUAAAUCUAAUUCACUUGAUGAUACAUCAUUAAGAUCUAGAAAGGCCAUUACUGUAUCCUCAGAAAGUAAAUCAUCAUUUUUGAUUGUCUGUAUUUCUGGCUUGCUUGACUUUUGAGCUCUCAAUUGUUUUGCAAAUUUUGUCAUUUUAAUGCCACUAACGUUCUCCCAGUCAUCGAAUAAUGAUGGUAGCUUACAUGGUGAUAUGUAAAUUAUCGCUUUAUCCGGAAACAUUAAUCCACCUGGCCUUAAAAAUCGCUCUCGAGCAAGCAAAACUGAGUCCAGCAUACUUUCAUGAAGUAAAUAAAAUCCCAUCCAUUCAGAUAUAAUGAUGUCAACUUUGUCAAUUGUUUCUGGAAGUUUGAAAUCUUCAAUUUUGCAGUUUACAACUUCAAUCACGUCUUCAAAAUUAUUCUCCUUUACAAUUUCUCUUGAUAAAUCUGCCAAUUUUGAUGCUUCUACAGCAAAUACCUAGGGUUUGUGGAAAACAGCUGUUUUUGAAAAACAGUCGGUUUUCGGUUUUUGAUUUUUAAAAACAGCUGUUUUCCAGUUUUUCUAGAAUUCAAAAUAAACUGAGU